GCAAGUGCCAAGGGCUCGGAGGCUCGACUCCCCGCUGCAGACUCGGCCUGUGGAUAAAAGCGAGCAAAAUGCCCCAGCCGAGCUCAGAGACAUAGUCAUGUUGGGCUGGAACGAGGAAGUGCAGUGGAGAGGGGAGGGACUCCGGGCGCAGCUCCAUGGGGCCGCCGCGGCGCUGCGACCUUCUGCACAUGGAGCCGGGGAGAGUUGGAAGAACUUCAUACUGCAAACUCAAGGAAUAGCAGAGUACCUGCACCGCAUGGAGACAGAGGAGGCCCAGGAAAUGGCCCAGAUGCCAGGCAGGGACAGCCCCCCUGCCAACGAGGCAUCCGAGGAGGCCGAGGAACCAAUGGCCGUCCCUGAGGACCUGUCAGCCGGCUCCACCCACCAGCAGAACAACAGAGGGGACAAAGCCUGUAACAUUAAAGUUGAGGCUCGCAGUGAUGAGGAGAAUGGGCUGGCCUGUGACAUGAAUGGCGUGGAGGAGGAGGAGUGCGCGGAAGACUUGCGCGUGAUCGAUGCCUCGGGGGCCAAGGUGAACGGCUCACAGCCGAGCCCCGAAAUCAAGGCCUUCUCCUCGGCUGGCGGUAUCCGGCUGCCCAACGGGAAGCUCAAGUGCGAUAUCUGUGGGAUAGUUUGCAUUGGCCCCAAUGUGUUGAUGGUGCACAAGCGGAGCCACACUGGAGAACGUCCUUUCCAUUGCAGCCAGUGCGGUGCCUCUUUCACCCAGAAAGGCAACCUGCUGCGUCACAUCAAGCUCCACUCAGGGGAGAAACCCUUCAAGUGUCACCUGUGCAGCUACGCCUGUCGCAGGAGGGACGCCCUCUCCGGACAUUUACGCACCCACUCGGUUGGAAAACCCCACAAGUGUGCUUACUGUGGGCGGAGUUACAAGCAGCGCAGCUCUCUCGAGGAGCACAAGGAGCGCUGUCACAACUACCUGCAGUGCAUGGGGCUGCAGAACAGCAUGUACACAGUAGUAAAGGAAGAAAGCAACCAGAAUGAGCAGAGGGAAGACUUAACCCAGACGGGAUCUGACAGAGCCUUGGUGCUAGACAGACUAGCUAAUAAUGUAGCUAAGCGUAAGAGCACUAUGCCACAGAAGUUUGUGGGUGAGAAACGUCUGUCAGACCUCUCCUACGACGGAGGAGCAGGCGAGCUGAUUCAGCCCCACGUCAUCGACCAGGCCAUCAACAGCGCCAUCAGCUACCUGGGGGCCGAGUCGCUCCGGCCUCUGGUGCAGACCUCCCCGGCCUCCUCUUCCGAUGUGGGCCUCAGCUCCAUGUACCCCCUGCACAAGCAGGCGGGCGAGGGCCACGCGGGAAUGGGCCACAACCUGUCGGCCAAAGACAGCGCAGCCGAGAACCUGCUGCUCCUCUCCAACUCCAAGUCCGCGUCCAGCGAGAAGGAUGGCUCGCCCAGCCACAGCGGCCAGGACUCCACAGACACCGAGAGCAACAACGAGGAUCGUCCCGGCGGGGUGGCUUCCGGCCUCAUCUACCUGACCAAUCACAUCACGUCGGGGGUGAGGAACGGCAUGCUCCCUCUGGUGAAGGAGGAGCAGCAGAGGCAGUACGAGGCCAUCCGGGCCAGCAUAGAGAUGGCUUCAGAGGGCUUCAAGGUGAUGACAGCAGACGGGGAGCAGGUGAGGGCAUACCGGUGCGAACACUGCCGCGUUCUCUUCCUGGACCACGUCAUGUACACCAUUCACAUGGGCUGUCACGGCUUCAGAGACCCCUUCGAGUGCAACCUCUGUGGUCACCGGAGUCAAGACCGAUACGAGUUCUCCUCUCACAUGACGCGAGGGGAGCAUCGCGUCUGAGCCCCCGUACACCGGAGAGAACACACACACAUACAUACACACACAGACACACACACACACACACACACACACAGACAGACAAAUAGGUGUAGAUAUGGAAAACAUGCCGCACACACUCACUCAUGCAGACAUGCACUGGAAGUAAGGGACUGUUCGUUAUUUAUUUAAGGGGCCACCCGAGGAGGGAGAGACCGCUAGCUCACAUAGUAAGAGCGUUCGCCCAUGAGUCCUGCAGCGGUGCAGGGUUUGAAUCUGACCUGCAGCCCUUUGCUGCAUGUCAUCCCCCAUCUCUCUC